AAUUAAAGCAAUUAUCACCAACCUGGAACUAGAAAUUAGAAUAAUGGACGUUCUUCUAGUUACCUUUCUCUUUUCUUUACUUCCAAUAUCAAAAGCAGAAAUCUCAAGCAAAAUCGGUGUGAACUAUGGCCAGCUUGGGAACAACCUGCCAUCUCCGAGACGAUCAAUUGAGCUACUAACAUCAAUGAACGCUGGACGCGUGAAGCUGUACGAUGCCAACCCAGAAAUUCUGAAUCUUCUAUCGGAAACCAAAUUUCAAGUUUCCAUUAUGGUCCCGAAUAAUGAAAUCUCAAGAAUUGCUUCAAACCAAAGCAUGGCAGAUGAAUGGGUGAGACACAAUGUUGUCCCUUACUAUCCCAAAACCUUGAUUCGUUUCUUACUUGUAGGAAAUGAAGUUCUUAGCGAUUAUUCAGUACAAGGCCAGAAGAUUUGGCUUGAUAUGGUGCCAGCGAUGAGAAGGAUUCAAAGGUCUCUCCAGUCUCAAAAUAUUACUAAAAUUAAAGUUAGCAGCCCAAUAGCAAUGGACGUUUCAGAGACCACUUUUCCGGUGUCGGCCGGGACAUUCCGGUCCAGCGUGAGCACUGUGAUGGUACCAAUGCUCGAGUUUCUAAACAAAACCAACUCAUUCUUAUUCAUUGAUGCAUAUACUUAUUUUCCAUGGUCAUCCAACCCCACCAAUAUCAGCCUAGAUUUUGCACUUCUGAGAGGAAAUUUCAACAUCACGGACCCUUUUAGUAGCUUGUCCUACACCAAUUUGCUAGACCAAAUGCUUGACUCAGUUAUCUUCGCCAUGUCAAAACUCGGCUUCCCCAGCAUAAGGCUGGCGAUAUCUGAAACGGGGUGGCCUCAUUCAGGCAACAUAGUUGAUCAAGCUGCCGCUGCUGCUGGUGCAAACAUAUUCAAUGCAGCAAUGUACAACCAGAAUCUCAUCAAGAAAAUCACGGCAAACCCACCUCUGGGGACGCCAGCUCGACCUGGUGUUGUGAUUCCAACGUUCAUCUUCUCAUUGUAUGAUGAGAACAUGAAGAAAGGACCAGGAAUAGAGAGACAUUGGGGACUGUUACAUCCAGAUGGAACACCAAUGUAUGAAGAUUUUGCUCCACUAAGCAUUAAUGCAGUUUGA